AUUCACUCUAAGCAGACGCAAAACGUGUACCUUUAUCUCUUCUCCGCUGACGGAGAGCUGAAUCACAUGAAGAGGAUAGCAAAGGCAGAAAAGUUAGCAGGUGCGUGCCACGGGGACGACGUGUUCUACCUGUUCCGGUCCUCUCUGUUCGACGUCGCCGCCGAGCCCACAUCAGCAGAAAGCAAAACCAUUGCGAACCUGACAAAGCUGUGGACCAACUUCGCCAAAACAGGAAACCCAACGCCGGACAAAGGGGGCGACCUGGGCGUGACGUGGCCGGCUUUCAGCGAGCGCGCGCCGUCCUACCUGCGCAUCGACAACAGCGGCCUCAGCGUGGCCAAGGAGCUCUUCGGCGAGCGCAUGGCCUUCUGGGACAGGCUGUACGAACGCCUCAGCAAGUAGGCGCUACCACCGAAAAUAACUUCCGGCGCUGUUAAUGUGCGUGCACAGCCGCAUUCCCUGUGAUGCUGUGGGUUUUGGUCCGCCGACAGCUCUUAAUAAGAGAAAACAAUGUCAGUGACCUAGAUGA